AUGCUCAAUUCCGGCGCUCGACGCAUCUGGGUCUGCACCAGAUGCGUCCGUCGCGUGACCAAGCCGGCCCGUCAACAGCGACGAUGCGAAUCCACGGCCGCCGGCGCCGCUGCCGCAGAGCAGAGGAGAGCGCCGUCGCCUCUCGUCGACAGCAGCGCCAGCGGUCGCCACGAUGAUACCGUCCUGCGCGACCUCUUCGAUGCCCCCUCGACGCGCACCUUUGCAGGCUUCAGUCUCAAGAAGAGCCAGGGCCUCUUCAAGAACCGAUACUUGACCAGCCCCGACGGGUUCCUCCUCUUUGCGCAGCGGAAUCUGGAAAAGGCUACAAAGAUCGUUCACCGCGUCCUCGGCGCGUCCACCACACAAGAAUACCAGGCCAUCGUCAGGGACCUCGACCGCCUCAGCGACCUGCUAUGUCGCGUGCUCGACCUCUCCGACUUUGUGCGCAUGACGCACCCCGACUCGCGCUUCCAGCAGGCCGCUGCCGGCGCCUGGUCCAUGGUAUACCAAUACAUGAACCAGCUCAACACCAUGACCGGCCUCAACGACCAGCUCGGUGAGGCUUUAUCGCGCCCAGAGGUCACAUCGGCGUGGUCCGAGGAGGAAAAGACCGUUGCCGAGCUGCUAAAGCUCGACUUCAUGAAGUCGGCCGUCAACCUGCCCAAGAAGGCGCGCGACCGCUUCGUUGAUCUCUCAUCCCGCAUCAGUGAUGUCGGGUCGGCCUUUAUCCAGAACAUGGAGCCGGAGAAGAAGCAGGUUACUCUCCCCUCACACCGUUUCUACGGCCUGUAUCCGGGCCUGGCGGCGACCCUCAAGGUUCGGUCACAGAUCUCCAUCGCCACGACCGGCUCAGAGGCGGCCGCGGCGCUCCAGAGUGUGUAUGACGAAGAGACCCGCAAAGACAUAUACAUGGCGCAACGGAAGGCUUCCCGUGAGACCAUUACGAACCUGGAGACGAUGCUCAAGCUUCGAUCUGAACUAGCUGGUCUCGCUGGAUUUGAAAGCCACGGCCACAUGGCACUCAAGGAUCGCAUGAUGGCAAAGUCGCCGGCAUCGGUCAUGCAAUUCCUGCUGGCAUUGAGGAACCACAACGCUCCGAUGAUCCAGCAGGAGCUUCUUGAGCUGACAGAUAAGAAGCGCGAGAGACUGGCCAUGCCCGAGGCCGAGCUGCAGCCAUGGGACAGGGACUUUUACAUGGAAAAGUUCAGGGCGGAGAUGCGCUCCCGGGUCCGCCACGAGGACCAGCUCACGGCCUUCUUCUCGGUGGGGACUGUUAUGCAAGGUUUGUCCCGCCUGUUUGAUCGCCUAUACGGCGUCAGAUUCGUUCCGAGGGAGACGCUACCCGGGGAGACGUGGCAUCAAGACGUCAAGCGCCUCGACGUUGUGUCUGACGACGGGGAGCAGCUUGCCGUCCUGUACUGCGAUCUCUUCUACCGGCCUCAAAAGUCGCCCAACCCGGCUCACUUCACGGUGAGGUGCUCUCGGGAGAUCCUCGCAGGCGAGGUCGAAGAAGCCACCGAGGACAUGGUCUCGGGUAUGCCCGUCUUUGACUCGGCCGAGCAGGCAGCCAACGAUGGAAUGGAGACGUCGUCGCGAAACGGGCAGCUUAAGCAGCUCCCGACCAUCGCCCUGGUGUGUGACUUCCCGAAGAAUGACAACGCCCGCGAGCCGGCCUUCCUCUCGUACUACUCGGUCGAGACCCUCUUCCACGAAAUGGGCCACGCCAUCCACUCCAUCCUCGCGCGGACCAGCUUCCAGAACGUCUCGGGCACCCGCUGCGCGACCGACUUCGCCGAGCUGCCCUCGACGCUCAUGGAGCACUUCGCCGCCGACCCGACGGUGCUCUCCCUCUUCGCCCGCCACUGGAAGACGGACCGCCCGCUGCCGUUCGACCUCGUCCGCGAGCGCAUCAAGGUCUCGAAGCGCUUCGAGGGCAUCGACACGGAGCACCAGAUCCUCCUCGCCAUGAUCGACCAGGCCUACCACGCGCCUGACGUCGCCAGCCCCGACUUCGACUCCACCCGCGUCUUCCACGACAUCCACCGCCGCUACGCCCACGGCCCGCGCGACCCCCCGGAGACGUGCUGGCAGGGCUUCUUCGGCCACCUCCACAGCUACGGCAGCACCUACUACAGCUACCUCUUCGACCGCGUCCUCGCCGAGCGCGUCUGGCGCGUCGUCUUUGGCGCCGGCCACGGCGGCGCCGCCAUCAGCCGCGACAACGGCGAGCGCCUCAAGGAGAACCUGCUCAAGUGGGGCGGCGGGCGCGAUCCCUGGCGCUGCCUCUCCGACACGCUCCGGGACGACAGGCUUGCGCCCGGCGACGAGGAGUCCAUGGCGCUGGUGGGCAGCUGGGGCAUCAAGGACGACAAGCUCCGCACAUGA